AUGUUCGGAACUAUGCUCAGCCCCCUGCGGGCGAGCCUAUAUCUCAACACGCACAGUGCCUCUGUAACGACUUGUACGACUUUCGCCAUGCCCUUCUUCCAGUCUCGCCGCCGCACGGCGAUUCCAAACCAACAGACGCACGACUUCUCAACGACCAGGUCACAGACCCCAUUAUCUAUGAGCUCCCGCAAUGUCCUGCGCAAAGCGCCGCCACGAAGACCAACUGGAGAGCAGAGGCGCAAUUUCUUUGGAUUGGGCGAAGUGAUAGGUGUAAUUGCGAAUCCUGCCGAAACACUGCGCUCGCUUUCUGACGCUCGUCGACUGCUUGAAGAGACGCGCACCGAACUGGCUGAGAAUCGCGAACGUGCUUCUCUCCGGCCCUCCCACACGUUCUCUCGCCUACCCGGCUUCUUUCCUCGAAACACGGAGCUCAAGUUGCUCGAGCGCACACUUGACGCCGAACCUGCAUUUACGGUUCUCUUCGGCGCAUCAUCCGUUGGCAAGACUGCGCUUCUGCGCCAAUUACUGUCUUCGGACCGAUAUCAUGUCCUUCAUUUCGACCUACGGAUAGCGGGCUUUGCGGAUUUGGAAAGCCUUUACAUGAGCUUGAGUCAACAAAUGGAACAAUAUUUUGGCGCACUCUCCGAGAUGGAAGGCUACAAGGAGUUUGAGAAAGAAGGAUGGAGCUUCAAGCACGAUCGCCGUUCAGUGGAACAACGUCUGGCCGAUGACCGUGGUGGCGUACGGACAAGCGACAUCGCGCGUCUUAUGGAGCUCUUCCAGAGUUCCUUGCUCAAAUACAGGGAGUUCGUGCCGAAGAGUCUGGAUGAUGAUUCUACGAAGGAUGAAGUCACACACGCCACUAUAUCCUCUCAAAGCGAACCCCAAGAGACGCGAAAGCCCUCCUGGUGGCGAUUACGACGCCGAAGACAGCACCAUCGGGAACAACAGGAGCUCCAGCGCCAGCGUCAACGUCAACAGGCCGAAGCUCAGAGCAUGAAAGAGAAGCCAAAGCGCGAGCCACCACCGAAGCGCAUGCCUGUCCUUUUCUUCGACGAAGCGCAUAAGCUACCGGGUCUGAUCCAAUCUGUGGAAGCGAUGAAGUGCCUUCUCGACUCCAUGCUGGUUUUGACGAAGCAAGAUCGCCUUUGCCAUGUCAUCCAUUCGACGAGCGACCCUUUCUACCAAACUUGGCUGCGGCAACUUAACGUCAUGCAGCACUGCAAGAUUGUCACGAUUGGUGACUGUUCGAUGGCUGAGACGCGCGGGUACUUUGAGCGCAACGUCCUUCCGGGUGUACCUGAGAACCUGCGUCACGGGCUUGACUUCGAGGAGAUGUAUGAUGCUUUUGGCGGUCGUCUGGUGCACUGGCAAGACUACAGCACCGACUACGUGAAUUCGGGCGGUAAACUAAGGAUCUUACAGUCUUCACACUUCGUCCAAGCUCAUGCCCUGCUCAACUUGCACGUCAUCCACUCCUCGCGUCUUGCCGAGGCAGGCGCGGGUAGCCGACGAAACAGCGCGUUGCAGCGACAAGACGCGCGUAGGGAUUCCCACGCCCAGGUACCAGCAGCUGGAGGUGGCUUCAGCAUAUACAGUCCUCUUUCUGGCCCUCCACGCAAUCCUCACGCCGCACCGACCGGUGCAACUCCCGAUGGACUGGACGCGCCAUCCGACAGGCCAUCCUUCACCGGCCUUCAGCUCUUGCGCGUACUGGCGCGCUUGACAGAGCCCGGUGUCCGUUCGCUCAGUUACUUCAUGCUCUGUCGAGAGUUUGGAGCCCGGGCGAUCGAUGGCAUGGUUCGCGGGCGUAUCCUGGAUCUACGCUGGACCGAACCCGUCACACGGGAAGAUGCUCCAGAACGAAGAACGCAUCGACAGCGCGCUCGGCGUAAGAGUGGCGUCGGUGCUCACUACGACGCGUUGGAGAGCCCGACUCUCGUGGACCAGGACUUCGCCGAUGAGAUACAUCGUGAAGGCGACGCUGCUUCUCCCACUGGAGAUGAUGAUGGUGCCAGUGAGACCGCUGAUGAGGGCUUCGUGGUCGUGCCGAGGACAGACGCAGACGCCAUGGACCCAAGGAUUCUACCGGCCACACCCAUCUUACGCUUCGCUAUGGCACAUGUGGUCGCCGAAUAUGAAGACUCCGACUCUGUCUCCGAAUACGCGUCGCUAUCCGACGCCGAUAUUGACGAGUAUUAA